AUGCUCUGCUCAAAUUCAACCAAAGUUUCCACAUUCUCUUCAAAUACUUUGCUUACAAACAAAUACCUUAUCCCUCAAACAACAAAGCUAUUUAGAUCCAGUCUCUUCUGCUCACAUACAUCAACCGAGAAGGCAUGGCUGUACGUUUGCCUAGUGUUCUCUGUCCAUCUGUGUUGGCUGCAAAGAAGGCUGCCCCAAGAUCUUUGCAUGUUCCAAAAGGUUUCUUGGCAGUGUAUGUUGGGGAGACAGGGAAGAAACGAUUUUUAGUUCCAGUGUCAUACUUGAAUCAGCCUUCAUUUCAAGAUUUGCUGAACAAAGCAAAGGAACAAUUUGGUUAUGAUCAUCCGAUGGGUGGUCUGACAAUUCCUUGCACAGAAGAUGCUUUUUUUGAUGUCACUUCUAACUUGAGUAGAACAUAAGAGGAUACAGUUUGAAAAUAAUUACUCAAACAAUUUUGUAUGACAGAAAUCUCUUAUAUAAUGUAAAUAGUUAUUUCAUCUGCCAAAUGACAGAUGUUCUCA